CUGGGGCGAAUGCAGCUCACAAUUCAAGAUGGCUGCCUCCUUGCUGCAAAAGAUCCUCAGUCAGUCCCUUAAAAACUCUCUAAAUUGUGGAAAUAAUGUAAUAUUUAUACGCCUAGCAACGCAUCGACAAAUUCCUACGAAGAAAGUGGAAAAUCCCUUCGUUCAGAGACGCACCAACUUAAUAAAGCAGCUACUGGUGGGUCUAGUUCAAAACGAGAGAAUUCAGACGACACUUCACAAGGCCCAGCAGUUAAAGAAAUAUGGAGAUUUGCUUAUAACCCUUUCCCAACGCAGCAAGCCUCCACCAGACCUAGAUAUGAUAGAAGAUGGUUUUAUUCUGAGCGAAAGCGAAGCUAGAGAGAAGAUGAUAACCAAGAAAAUAGUCAACCGCCGAAGCAAGAAGGUAGUUGUUCUGCCUAGUGUGCUUUCUAAAGAAGAAUAUGUUUCCCGAUGCAGGGAAGAAGCUUCAAACAUGGUGAUGGGGGAUCAAGAUGUGCUAGACAAGCUGUAUGGUCCACUGAAGGAAAGGUAUCAAGACAAGUAUGGAAACUUUGUGCGAAUCAUAAAAAUCCCCCACCCUGCCCUAUGUGACUACCCUAAAAUGGCAUAUGUUGAACUUGUUGAUAACGACUUGGAGCCAUUGCCAGACAUGCCAGAGCUCAGUAAUGGAAAACGUGUUGUGUACAAGAGAAAUGAUGAGGAUGAUACUGAAGCAAGGGUUGCUGUGGCACAAAGAUAAUUUAGAGUAAAUGGUCAAAAGGAAACAAUAAAUGCGCAGGAUAUAAGGAA